AUGUCCAACUAUCGUUUAAGCUCUGCAUCAUCCUAUCAAGUUUCAAGCUCAUCUGGAGGCUUUGGUGGUAGUGGCUAUGGAGGAAGUGGCUUUGGUGGUGGAAGCUUUGGUGGUGGAGGCUAUGGCUCAGGUGGGGGGUCCAAUGCAGGAUUCUCUUUGAGCUCUGCAAUUGGAUCUGGUGGUGGGUUCUCUUCUGGUGGCUUUGGUGGAGCAGCAGCUAGCAGCCUUGGUUCUUUUGGUGGAAGUGAUAAGCAGACCAUGCAAAAUCUCAAUGACCGUCUGGCUUCCUACUUGGAUAAAGUGAGAGCACUGGAGGCUGACAAUGCUGCCCUGGAAGUGAAGAUCCGAGAAUGGUAUGAGAAACAACUUGGUGCUGGAGCUGGUGCAACUUCCAAAGACUACAGCAAGUACUAUGAUAUCAUCAACGACCUGAGGAGCAAGAUUUUGGCUGCCACCAUUGACAACUCCCGUGUUGUUCUCCAGAUUGACAAUGCUAGACUGGCUGCUGAUGACUUCAGACUGAAGUAUGAAAAUGAGUUGGCACUCCGUCAGAGCGUGGAGGCUGACAUCAAUGGACUCCGUAGAGUCUUGGAUGAGUUGACCCUAGCCAGAGGAGACUUAGAGAUCCAGAUUGAGAGCUUGGCUGAAGAGCUAGCCUACCUGAAGAAGAACCACGAAGAGGAAUUGCAGAUUGCAAAGAGCAGCUCUGCUGGCCAAGUCAAUGUAGAAAUGGAUGCUGCACCAGGUGUGGAUCUCACUAAGCUUCUGAAUGACAUGAGAGCAGACUAUGAAACACUGGCAGAGAAGAACCGUAAGGAUGCAGAGGCAUUGUUCAACCAGAAGAGCAACGAACUGAAGAAGGAAAUUUCAGCUGGUGUGGAACAAGUGCAGACAAGCAAGACAGAAAUUUCUGACCUCAGACGUACCCUCCAAAGUUUGGAGAUUGAACUCCAGUCUCAGUUGGCAAUGAGAAAAUCACUUGAAGAUACAUUGGCUGAGACAGAAGGUCGCUAUGGUGCACAACUUCAACAGCUCCAACUUGUUAUUAGUGGAAUUGAGGAACAGUUGAUACAGAUCAGAUUAGACAUUGAGAGACAGGGCCAGGAAUACAGAGACCUCCUUGAUAUCAAGACAAGGUUGGAAAUGGAAAUUGAAACAUACCGCCGCCUUCUGGAUGGAGAACUAGGGUAA